UUAAAGCCCCCAGGAGCACAGCUGCAGUCAGACACUGCUACCCUCACCAUGAACCCCUGGCAGCUCCUGGUCCUGGUGCUCCUGGUGCUGGGUGGCUGCUGUGCCGCCCCCCGACCUCGUCAACCCACCUUUGUGGUCUUCCCAGGAGACCAGCAAACAAAUCUUACCGACUUGCAGCUGGCAGAGGACUAUCUGUACCGGUAUGGCUACACCCAUGUAGCAGAGAUGAACCGUGAGAAGACAUCCCUGGGUCGAGCGCUGAGGCGUCUCCAGCAGAACCUAGCCCUGCCAGAGACCGGCGAGCUGGACAACGCCACCCUGGAAGCCAUGCGAGCCCCGCGCUGCGGCGUCCCGGACUUGGGCAGCUUCCAGACCUUUGAGGGCGACCUCAAGUGGCACCACCACGACAUCACAUACUGGGUCCAAAACUACUCGGAAGACUUGCCCCGCGGCGUCAUCGACGACGCUUUUGCCCGCGCCUUCGCGCUGUGGAGCGCGGUGACACCACUAACCUUCACCCAGGUGUACCCACAGGAUGUGAAGGACUUGAAGGACGUGGACAUCGUCAUCCAGUUUGGGUACAAGGAGCACGGAGACGGGUAUCCUUUCGACGGGAAGGACGGGCUCCUGGCACACGCCUUUCCUCCCGGCCCCGGCAUUCAGGGAGACGCCCACUUCGACGACGACGAAUUGUGGUCGUUGGGCAAGGGCGUCGUGGUUCCUACCCGCUUUGGAAAUGCAGAUGGCGCAGCCUGCCACUUUCCCUUCACCUUCGAGGGCCGCUCAUACACCGCCUGCACCGCCGACGGCCGCUCCGACGGCAUGCUCUGGUGCAGCACCACGGCCGACUACGACACCGACCACAAGUUUGGCUUCUGCCCCAGUGAGAGACUCUACACCCAGAACGGCAAUGCGGACGGUAAGCCCUGCGAGUUUCCGUUCACCUUCGAGGGCCGCUCCUACUCUGCCUGCACCACCGACGGCCGCUCCGACGGCCAACUCUGGUGCGCCACCACCGCCAGCUACGACCAGGACCGGCUCUACGGCUUCUGUCCCACCCGAGCUGACUCAACAGUGACCGGGGGCAACUCGCCGGGGAAGAUGUGCACCUUCCCCUUCGUUUUCCUGGGCCAGGAGUACUCGACCUGUAUCAGGGAGGGCCGCAGAGAUGGGCGUCUCUGGUGUUCCACCACCUCGAACUUCGACCGAGACAAGAAGUGGGGCUUCUGCCCGGACCAAGGAUACAGCCUGUUCCUUGUGGCGGCGCACGAGUUCGGUCACGCGCUGGGCUUAGAUCACACGUCGGUGCCGGAGGCACUCAUGUACCCCAUGUACCGCUUCACCGAGGAGCACCCCCUGCAUGAGGACGACGUGAAGGGCAUCCAGCAUCUCUACGGUCCUCGCGCUGAACCUGAACCACGGCCUCCAACCACCACCGCACCUGAACCCCAACCCACGGCUCCCCCGACUGUCUGCCUCACAGUACCGCCGACUGUCCGCCCCUCAGAGCGCCCCACUACUGGUCCCACUGGCCCCCCUUCAGCUGGCCCCACGGGUCCCCCCACUGCUGGCCCUUCUGAGGCCCCCACCGCUAGCCCUUCUGAGGCCCCCACGGUGCCUUUGGAUCCAGCGGACGAUGCAUGCAACGUGUACAUCUUUGACGCCAUAGCGGAGAUCAGGGACCAUCUGCAUUUCUUCAAGAACGGGAGGUACUGGAGACUCUCUGAGGGCAGGGGCCGCAGGGCACAGGGCCCCUUCCUUAUCUCGGACACGUGGCCCAAGCUUCCUCCAAAGCUGGACUCUGCCUUUGAGGACCCGCUCACCAAGAAGGUUUUCUUCUUCUCUGGGCGCCAGGUGUGGGUGUACACAGGCGCGUCGGCGCUGGGCCCGAGGCGGCUGGACAAGCUGGGCCUGGGUCCGCAGGUGGAUCACGUCACCGGCGUCCUUCCUCGGGGCGAGGGUAAGGCGCUGCUAUUCAGCAGGCAACGAUUCUGGAGGUUCGACGUGAAGACGCAGACUGUAGAUCCCGAGAGCGUCGCCUCGGUGGACCAGAUGUUCCCCGGGGUGCCCUUGAACACGCACGACAUCUUCCAGUACCGAGACAAAGCCUACUUCUGCCAGGACCGCUUCUUCUGGCGCGUGAAUUCCCGGAAUGAAGUGAACCAGGUGGACCAAGUGGGCUAUGUGACCUUCGACCUCCUUCAGUGCCCUGAGGAGGAAUAGGGCUCCCUAUUGUGUUUUGGCAGUGAAGUGAGCGUCCCUACGGGGACCAUACCUAGUGGGGAAGGAGCCAGUUUGCCGGAUACAAACUAGUGGGUCUAUUCUGGGGGACACGGAGGAGUGGAGGCGGGCUGGCCCCCUCCUCCCACCUUCCUUUUUUGUUGGAAUAUUUCUAAUAAAUUUGGAUUCUCUAACCUUCA